AUGCCUCACCAUCACAAGAAGACCAGCAAUGCUCAGAAGAACGCCUCUCCCCGGGCGGACAAGAAAAAGAAACUGGCCUCUCAAGAGCAUAUACCGUUCGCAUCGCCGGUAGCUGCCCCGACGAAUUAUCAGGAAAUCCACCAGAAUGAGGUCGAGGCCCUGCGCUCGAUCUAUGGCGAUGACUUCGAGGAGGUGCAGCACCGGCGUUCUGCCUGGCAGCAAUCGACUGAAGUUUCCUUCAAGCUUCAUUUGCGAGCUUCCUCCAAUCCCGAUGUCCGCCUCGACUUGCUCGUGGAGCUCCCAACAACGUACCCCAAAACCUUUCCGAACAUGUCACUAGAAAACUUAGACGACCUUCGCCCCGGAGCUCGAUCGAGGAUCCAGGACAUUAUACGAAACAAACCCAAGACGCUUCUCGGCUCAGAGAUGAUUUACGAGCUAGCAGUGUCGAUCCAGGAUGUGCUGGAAGAUGUGGCGGAGGCCCGAGCCCAGGAUAACGAUCUUCCCAGCUUAGAGGAGGAACGCAUGGUACAAGAAGCGGAAGCAAAUCAGAGAGCAGAAAGAGAAAGAGAGGAAGAACAGCGCAAACGAGAAGCAGCCACAGCAAAGGAGGAACGAGAGCUUCAACAACUACUCCAGGACAAAAUCAGAGAGCGGACAAAGGCGAGAUUAUCACACAGGAAGAGCAGGGCAUCUGGAAUGGAUACGACGGGCGACCAUGAGGCUGAAUUGAACUUUCCCGGUGCAAUCUCUUUCGAUCCUCCUUUGGUCAUGACCGAGGCCGAUGAGGGCCCACUGGUGUUUCGAUCGGUCUACGGAAAGACUCUUUUGAAAAGCGCUCAAGGAGCGGAUACCUUCAUGGUGCGACCCGUGGUUCCGGAAAAUCGGCCAUGCGCCCCCGUCUUAGUCUUGAAGGAGCUUUCGAUUGAUGAAAGGGGCGUUGACCUAUUAGCGUUUCGUGAACAAAUGCGCUCCAGCGAGGAUAAGUUGGAGGGCCUGAAGAAAUUACGACACCCGAAUCUCGUCGAUUUUAUUGGAUUCAAGAUCCAUAGGCCUCUGCACCCGUACGACACAUGGAAAGUGUUUGCGCUAGUCGAAUACGCGAACAAAGGGUCACUUUCUGAAUUCCUGGAUAUGGUCGGCACGGUCCCGGUAGAAAUGCUUCGUGGCUGGACAAUUCAACUCCUGGAGGCUCUGGAGUUUUAUCACCGUAGCGGCUUCGUGCACGGAAAUAUCCACUGUGGGCGGGUCCUAUUAUUCCAAAAUCCCAGAGGCGGAACAAUUGUCAAGCUGCAAUCGAGCAUCGAAGAGGCUCUUCCAGAUUCCGCUAGAAGUAAACGACCCCUGACAACCUCUAAAUCCCCGUUUUGGUUGCCGCCGGAGUUAACACAGGAUGGUGCACCAUCAACUAUGAAGACGGAUGUUUGGGACCUAGGGAUCAUCUUUCUUCAAAUGGGCUUUGGAAAGGAUGUGUUGCAGCGUUACACGUCAGCUAAUGCAUUGAUGGGAACCCUAGGCCUGGCCCCCUCCCUACAAGAUCUGCUCCAGGAAUUUUUCCGGCCCAACCCAAAACGAAGGCCAACGGCUUUUCAGCUGCAGCCCUCUGAGUUUUUCCGUAUUGAUACCCCAUUAAUCGUGCGUACAAGUGCGUCAAAUUCCAUCUCACUACCAAGACGGCCCCGCCUCGACUCCAUAAACGGAGGGUUCCCCAUGUUUUCACGGUAUGUCCAGGAUUUUGAUGAGGCGGGACGCCUGGGCAAAGGUGGUUUUGGAGAAGUCGUGAAAGCGCGGAAUAAAUUAGAUGGCCGCUUUUAUGCAAUCAAGAAGAUUUCCCAUAAAUCUGCUACUGCAUUAAAGGAUACUCUGUCAGAAAUCAUGCUUUUAUCGCGACUCAAUCAUCCGUAUGUGGUGCGCUAUUAUACCGCCUGGCUCGAGGAAGAUUAUGAUCAUGGAGACGAGGAAGCCGUCUCCUUCACCGACGGAGAUUCUCUCACUGAUACACACUCAGCCCCGUUUGGCUACAGCACACCCGGUCUCGACUUUAUUAGCUCUAGUGGCUACCCUAAAAUCGAGUUUGGCUAUGAUAGCGAUGAAGAGAACGGAACAGUGUCGACUAGGGAAAAGGGAGAGACGCCAGAAACAUUUGGCACGGAAAGUGAAACAGGCAAGGAGCUUAGUCGAAUGAGGUCAGGAUCGCAAGGUAAACCAGUGCUCACUACGCUUUACAUACAAAUGGAAUACUGUGAGAGACAUACACUUCGCGAUCUCACAAGGAAUGGAUUGUAUGACGAUACUGAUAGAUCCUGGCGCUUGUUCCGCCAGAUACUCGACGGAUUAGCCCACAUCCAUGGUCAUGGAAUUAUACACCGUGAUCUAAAGCCCGAUAACAUCUUCAUUGAUGCCGCGAAUAACCCAAGGAUCGGGGAUUUCGGUCUGGCAACCAGUGGCCAGUUCACUACGGCCGUCCGAUCUUCCGCAGCCGCAGAUUUCGAGGGAAAUUUAACUCGCAGCCUCGGUACCACCUAUUAUGUGGCCCCUGAGAUGAAAUCCGGAUUUGCGGGGCACUAUAACGAGAAGGUAGAUAUGUAUUCUCUCGGAGUAAUAUUCUUCGAAAUGUGCCACCCUCUGCCCACCAGUAUGGAACGCGAUCACACUCUGAGGGAAAUCAGAGAGAAGCACCACAGACUUCCUCCCCCGUUUCAAUAUUCUGAUAAGCUAGUUCAGGGCAAGAUUAUUGAGUCGCUACUAAGCCACACCCCAGCUGAACGGCCGUCUGCGUCAGAACUACUCCACAGCGGACAGAUUCCACUUCAAGUUGAGGAAGAAACCUUCAGGCGGGCAAUCAUGCAUUUGUUGUCCGAUCCUAGCUCCCCCGAUUAUAAGAAGAUUCUAUCCGCAAUAUUUUCCCAGUCUCCGAAGAAGUUCGAAGACAUUGCAUGGGACAUGGACUCGCGAAUAGGGCCGGCGGCAAACGAACUCUUAGUGCAUGGUCUAGUCAAAGAGAAGCUUACCUCGAUUUUCCGCAGACACGGAGCAGUGGAGACUCCGAGGCAAAUACUAUUUCCCAAGUCGCAGCAUUACAAUAGUGGUGCUGUUAGGCUUCUUGAUGCUUCUGGUAACCUACUCCAGUUACCAUUUGAUCUAACGCUGCCCAAUGCUCGUGCUAUCCCUCGUCAGGACUCUUCGCUAGAAAAGACCUUCACUUUUGGAACUGUCUAUAGGGAAGCAUCUCACGGCGGUGAGCCUCGGACUCAUCAAGAGGUUGAUUUUGACAUCGUGUCGCACAAUACCCUAGAUCUAGCACUUAAGGAAGCAGAGGUUAUCAAGGUUCUUGACGAAAUUCUUGAUCAAUUUCCGCCACUAAGGUCAAGCCCUAUGUGUUUCCUUGUAAACCACUCGGACCUCCUCCGACUCGUGAUGGACUUCUGUCGCAUUACUCCUUGCCAGAUUCCUCUAGUUAAAGAGGUAAUCAGUAGGUUAAAUGUUGGGAAAUGGUCUAUGCAGAAAAUUAGAAGUGAGCUUCGUUCCCCCGCAAUCGGUGUUGCCUCAACUUCGUUGGAUGACCUUGCCAGGUUUGAUUUCAAGGAUACGCCAAAGCAGACUCAUAAACGACUGCGUGCGAUAAUGGAAGGCACUGAGUUUGCAGAGAGACUCGCCCCGAUCUUUGCCCGGAUCAACUCGCUGGUAGCAUAUCUACAAGGAUUCGAAGUGAAACGGAAGGUCUACAUCAAUCCUCUCGGGAGUCUGAACGAUAAAUUUUUCAAGGGUAGUAUCCUCUUUCAGUGCAUCGUUGACGGUAAGCGACGUGAUGUAUUUGCAGCUGGUGGUCGUUAUGACUCUCUCGUUCAAGAGUUUCUCCCCAGUGUCAUGUCGAGCCGCUCCCAAACUCACGCCGUGGGGUUUAAUUUAAGUUGGGACAGGCUCAGCACGGUUAUGAUCGACUAUCUCAAAGCCCCUACCAGACCAUCUUUUAAGCAUGCUGAACUCGAGGUGGGGACUUUUUGGAAGACGCGGAGGUGUGAUGUACUUGUUGCGAGCUUCGACGCAACGGUCCUACGCGAAAUGGGGGUCAAGAUAGUCCAAGAUCUUUGGUGUAAUGAUAUCAGCGCCGAGUUAGCCGUGGAUGCAUCCUCGCUGGAAGAGCUUAUUGCGAAGUACAAAGACCAUAACCACAGUUGGAUUGUCAUUGCGAAGCAGGAUAGCAAAGAUCGAGGCUUCAAAGUCAGAUGUUUAGUUCCGAAGGAAGAGCUUGACAUACGAACCUCCGAACUCAUACCGUGGCUUCGAAAUGAAAUUCGAGCUCGCAAUCUACGUGAAGGCACAACAGAUGUACGAAAUCCCCGUUUCGCCAUCCAGCCAGAGCCAAGCACAAACCUGAACGAGCGGGCGAACGACGUGCGGAUAGUGGUUCCUCAACACCGGAGUAAAAAGACAAACAGGAGAAAUAUCGUCGAGUCAGCACUGCUGCGAUCUCGAGAGGUGGUUGAAAAGGCAUUAGAUGGCCCAAUUGCCGCCAUUGAUACUCGUGACGAUUUACUCGAAGCUAUAAGGGAUACCCGUCUAUCAGACCCUGAUAGCUGGCGUGCAGUGAUACAGAAUGCACCCCUUACAGAACGGAAAUACCUAGGGCAAGUGCACGAACUGCUUUCAGAUCUUGCAAACGAAAGUCGAGCGGAUGGCACGGAAAACUUUAGCAACGCCUUUAUUUAUAACUUCCGCACCGGAUCAUGUCUCUAUUAUGAUCUUGGGAGCGGAAAUGAACGGUAA